UAAAGAAGGAGAGUGCCGGCAAAAGUGUCACAAAAAUCAAGCGUUGCAUCGCGAAGAAAAUUAUGACACCAUAUUUAUUUGAGGUUUUAAGUAAAAAGGCGUUAUUAAUCAAUCAGUAUAUAUAUCUAAACUUUAUAUGAAUAUAGUGUGCAUAUUGAAAUUUUGUUUUUAAAAAAGAAUUAUGCCAAGCAAUUAACUUGUACCAGAAUAAAGAAAGAAAAAAAAAAGAUAAAGUAAUCUUUUAAGUUGUAACAUUUAAUUAACAGUAAUGCAUAGAGAUUCAAAUAAGAAGCCAGGUGUUGAAAGAAGUCCACCACGCCGUCGAAGAAGUCCUGCAAACCGUGAAAGUUUUUAUUGCUCGUACUGUAAAUGUCAGCUUUUAACUAAACAUCUGUUAGAAGAACACAAUCGCUCACCAGUUCAUAAGCAGAAGAAGAUUCUUAUUGAAAAAGCAAUCAGUGAUGGUCUUCAGUUUUGCUACAGUUGUGAAAAAAUAUUUCCAAGUAAGAUUGAGUUAGAUGCACAUUGUCUGAUGUCCAGACAUCAACCUUUGUAUAGAGUUGAAGAAAUGCACGAAUUUCGCAAGCGCAAGGAAGAAGAUAAUGUUGAAACAGUAUUGCCAUAUCCCUCCAAUGAAGCAGAGAAACGCAGAAUGAAAGAGAGUAAGGAGCGAAAAGAUAUUGUUUCAAAGCUUAAUAAAAUGAAAGAAAAUGACCCAGAUCAAGUGGAGAUAGAUUUAAGUUUUCAGGCUAGAAACGCAGUUUACUGUAAAGUUUGCAAUGUUGACUGUAUGAAUGCUUCUAACUUCAAAAUUCACAUUGAUAGUUGGCGACAUCGCGCUGAAAUGGAAAAAAGAGAUUUAGUUGAUAAUAAAAUAAAAGAAACCUCUAAUGUCAAAGAAACUGAGAUAAAACAACAAAAAGGAAAUGUCCCCACUAAUUUAAUCAGUGUUAUGCAGUACUUCUGUGAAGUAUGUAGUGCACCUUGUACAAGUGAGGAGAACUAUUUGAGUCACUGCAGAGGAAAAAAACAUUUAAGGAAGAUUUCCAGCAUGCAAAGACCUUACAAGUGUUAUACAUGUCAUGAAGAUUUUAAUGCUGAGAAACCUUAUAGCAUACAUCUAGAAAGUCGCUCACAUAUGGAAAAAGCUUUCAAAAACCGUAACAAAGAUGCAUUGAAAACAAAUGUUAGUAGUGAAGAAUGGAUAGAAAAACGAGACAAGGGAAUUGAAAGUGAGCAAAAAAAAGAUCAUCAAAGGCGUACUUACAAAGAUGAUAGAAGAAAAUCAAUUGAAAGACAUACAGAUGAAAGGAUGAUGUCAAAAGAUGAAAGACGUGAUAAAGUUGAGAAAUCAAGUUAUAGUACCUCUAGAAAAAUUGAAAUUAGUUCCAGUGCUUCACAAGAAAAUAUUGUUGACCUACGAGAAAAAUUAAAAGGGAAAAGUCCUCUUGUAGCUCAACCUUUAAAAGUUGAUGUUCCUCCUAGUAACAAUGUUAUCAUUGCUGAUCAUAUUGAUAUGAAUAAGCGUGCCAUUGAAAAAGAACUUGAAGCUAAGUUUAAAAAGUUAUCUCAGGAGUAUGAAAAUAAUCUAGCUGCUUUAAGAGUUAGAUUAACAAUGGAGCGUGAGGAAGAUAUUGCAACCUACCAACGUUUAGAAAAUACUUACAAGCGUUUAUGUGAAGAUGAGGACUUUAUUAGAGAAGAUUUGCGAGUCAUGCAAGACAGUGAUCCAAGAAAAGAAGAUUACAUACGUGACAUGAUACGUAUUCAAGAUGACAUGCGUGAAGUAAGGCAGCAACUUGAAUUCCGUGAAAUGAUGAUCAUCAAGAGAGAAAGUCUGUUUCGAUCAAAAUUCCCUAAUGCUGAUAAUAAAGUAAUUUUAAAUAAAAAUGAUAACGACUCAUUGAUGUACCAACAAGUUAAUAACUAUGCAGAAGAUGUGCAGCUUACAAAAUCAAAUACAAAUAUCAACCCUAUUUUAUCUGGGCCGUCUAAGGAGAGCGAUGACCUUCGUUUAGAACUUGAGAGAGAAAGGUUACUUAAACGUCUUGGCCCAGAGUUAGAAGCAAUUGAUCCCCUUAUUCGGGAAAAACUACUCUCGGUAAUUUUAAACAAAGAUGUAUCACAAAUUGAUAAACCAUCAGUAACACAAAGUAGUAUGAAAAGCACAAUGAAAGAUGAUAAAAUUUCUUUAACUGAAAGAGAAAAGCAGUUAGAGAGUGAACUAGAAAAACUUCGAACAAAGACUGCACCAGUUGUAACUGAAAGAAAAAGAAUAACAAAAAGUCUUGUGCCAUAUGAGGAUGAGGAUGAAAAAGCUGUAAAAAAGCCUAAUAGAGAUCGUUCAAGUUCUAAUUCACGUAAUAGUAGUGAUAGUGAAGACUCGAAGCAUGCAAAGAAACGUCAUAGAAAAAGAUCUCCUAUGUCAAGAAACCGUGGGAGAACAAAGCGAAGUCGAAGUGCUGACUCUGAAGAAAUGAGGAAAAAACGUAAAAGGAGCAGAAGUAGAGAUCGUAAAAGAAAAUCUUCUGGUAGAAAAAAUGAUGAUCGAAAAAGAUCAUCUGAUAAAAGGAAAGUAGAAAAAAAACCAAUUAAAAUGAAACUUCAAGCUAGGCAAACUCAAAAUAUGAUUAAAUCAGCUAAUCCGCUUCCUGAUGAUAGUAAUAGUGAAGAUGAAAAAACUAAUAAUAUCCAGAGUCAGCCAACUUCCACUAUCCCUGUCAUUGGUUCUAAAAACAUCCCAUUGCAUCAAGUGCUACAACCACCUUAUGGAGGUAAUGUCCCUAUUAUUCAUAAUAUACAACAAGUAGGUAUGCAUAAUCCACAACAAACACCGAGUAUGCUUAAUUCUCAACAAAUGGCAAGUAUGCGUAAUCCGCAUGAGCAACAAGUAAGCAUUAGACCAAAUCAAGUACCUUCUCAACCACGAAGAGAGCAGUUUUCAUUGUGGAAUCGUGCUGCUGCACCAUCAAAGCAAUCUAUAGAUUCACCUAAAGAAGAUGUUUGGGAUAUAGCAUUUUCUGGUAACCAAUUAAAAGAAAAGGAAAUGAAUGAAAUUAGCAAUAUUUUCAGUGCCAAUACAGAAAUACCAAGACAAUUACCAACUGAGAUUUUAGAUAUUUUACGUAAUGUUGCUCCAAUGUUAAAAAAUAUGUCUUCUCCUAAUACUCAACCUGAACAGUCUGGACAUAAAUUACGACAAAAAGUAGAACCACAGCAAAGUAAAACCCAAAAACAUACUCAAGAACAAGAAGAGUCCUUUGCAAAUAAAACUUUACAGACCAUGGUUUCUCAAGAAUCUGUUACAAGUGCUGGUGGUAAAGUACGCAGCAUCUUGAAAAAGAUAAAAGAUCCUGUUCCUGCUAUGUCAGGAGAAAGACGUGAAGAGGAAACUAAAACAGUUCCUACUCUAAUACCUGGAUUAGAGUUAUCUGGAACUGAUAUUAAACGUGAUGUUAUAAAAGUAGACUCCCAACCAAGAGGUUUUGCAAAUGAACUGCAUUCUCAAGAUGUAAAUGAAGAUUCAGCUUACUUGCACGAAAACUAUUCAAAUAUUUCACGAAACCAAAGAGAUCUUGGAAUCAACUCUCGAGAUAAUCGAGAUAAUAAUAAAUAUCGUUCACAGGCUUAUUCUUCUAGCAUGAAUAUAAAUGAUAAUGUUGAAAGAUAUAACUCUGCUCCAAAUUUUCGAAAGAAUGAAAUGGAUAUAAUUGACCCAUCAUCUGGAGGUUUACAUAUGCCUAGUGGGCGUCAUUUGGACUCAUAUCCAUUACAUGAAGAAUCAAAACGUGGUAAUAAUGAGUAUGAGCCUCAUUAUGGAGAAUCUAGAGAUCCAUACCUUGGUGUUAAUCCUAUACCGCAAUCUAAGUCCGCAAAUAUUCUUGAAAAUAAAAGGCUAGAUAACUUUCAAAGAGAUAAUUAUUCAAGAUACCCAGACAAUUUUACUCCACCACAUCAAGAUCGUUGGGUUCCUUCUAGAGAAGUAUCUUGGAUAAGAGAUAAUUUACGGCAACCUCCUGUUGAUAACUUCUUAAUAUCUGGAAGAGAUGAUCCUAGAAAUCUUGCACCUAGAAUUGAGCCUAAAUGGAUUCCAAGAGAUGAUCAAAGACUGCUUCCUCCUAUAGAGGAUAAUAGAAACAUUCCACAUGGUUAUGAAGAACCGCUAAAAGAUUACUACCCCCAAGAACGGUUACCUCAUUUAGAUGAUAGAUUGCCUAUUCGUCGUGAUGGAGAAAGUGAAGAUCAGUUUUAUGAGCGUUUUGAGCGUUUUUAUGCAAUGAAGAGAGAGAGCGAACGUGAUGGGGUAAAAUUUCCUCCCCCACCACCUGGUCCUGUCAUUCAUGAUCCAAGGAAUCUUCCUGAUCCACGUGCAAUGGCACGAGAUGAUUUUUUCAGGCGAAGGGAACAAAACAUUCAUCCUGAAGAUAGAUACCUUCAUUCUGCACCCCCUGCUUUUGUUGAUAGAGUUGAUGACUCAAGAAGAGGAAGACCUUUUGCAGAUUACGAUGAUGUCAAGGCUCCAUUAAAAGAUGAACGUCAGCCAAUAGAUGGCGAUCGAAGAAUUCCCCCAAAGGAAUUCAACCAGUACGACAAUAGACGACCUUUGAACAAAGAGCUAGAUUCAUUUCCAGCUUCUCAACGUGUUAUGGAUAAUCAAAGACCAGCAGAAGAAGUUCCAGUAAAGUUGCCGCAUGAACUAAGAAAUGAAGGAGAUAGAAGAAAUCAUGGUGCUGAUCCAGUUCGUGUUCCUCCAAAUAAUCAUAACAAUCAAAGGGGUCCGCCUGUUGAUCCUUAUGCUCCAAAGCAAGCUCCUCCACCAAGGCGUCCUUUUAAUAAACCAAAUUACUAAUAAACAAGAUAACUGCUUUUUUAAUUAAGUUUUAGUGUUAUCAAACUCCGAUUGAUAUUUAUCAUAUCAUAAAGUUUGCUGUCCAUAAUAUAUCAUACUUUUGUUUGCUAGUUUGUUCAGAAUGGGUGGAAUACUUAAAUGAGCUCUUUACACUUGCAGUCAUUACUUGUUUUCAAAAAAUAAAGAAAUGCUAAUUACAUUUUCAGUUCAUUAAAAAAUAUAUUUGAUGAUUGUUA